AUGGUCAAAGCUAUAAAUUCCAUGGAUAAAACAUAUUUAGUUAGAUGUACUGCUCACUCUAAACAGUUAUCUAUAAAUGCAGGGCUCCAAAAUGAUAUGGUAAAAGAAAUAAUUAAUAAACUGAGAAAAAUAGUUGGAAAUUUUAAUAGAAGUGCCUCUGCACAAAAUGAACUUGAAAAUGAACAAGAAAAGUGUGGCGAAAAAAAACAUAAACUAGUUCAAGACUGCGUUACUCGUUGGAAUUCGACAUGUGACAUGAUUGAUAGUGUCUUAAAAUAUUUAUUGAAAUUACUUGAACCGUUUAAAAUUGUUACAAAAGUAUUAGGUGGAGAAAACUACACAACCGCGUCAAUAGCACACCGAUUGAUUAAAAGUCUUUUAAAUACGUUAAAAGUUAGUGAAAUAGACACUAAUUUUUUAACUACGGUAAAAAAACUAAUUUUAGAUGACUUAAAAUAUCGAAGAGAAAUGAUGGGUUUAAUAUUAGCAAAAUCAUCAGCAUUAGACCCUAGAUUUCGAGAGUUAAAAUUUCUAUCUGAAGAAGAAAAAGUAACUGUUUGGAAACAAAUUGAAAAUGAGCUGAAAGAAUUAAUUACUGAUCCAGAAAUAGAAAAUGAAGAAGAUCUAAUCUCUGAAUCAAUAUUAGAAAAUGAAGAACAUUUUGAAACACACUCUCCUCCUCGUAAGAAAUUACGAUCAUUAAUGAUAGAUAGCGAUGAUGAUGACGAAGACGAUUAUUCGGUAACUCAAAGUCCUACGAUGAAACAACUUGAAGAAUAUAAAAAUUUGAAAAUCAAAGUUCCCUACGAUCAAGAUCCUUUAAAUUGGUGGAAAGAAAACGAAUCUAAAUACUCAGCUGUAUCAUUACUAGCCAAAAAAUACUUAAGUAUAGUGGCCACUGGUGUUCCCUGUGAACGGUUAUUUAGCGAAGCUGGAACAAUCAUUUCCAAGAAAAGAAAUAGAUUAUCUCCUGAACGACUCAAUCAACUGUUAUUUUUGAAUUCAUAUUUCAAAUCGAACUCAAGUUCUGAAACAUUGAUGGAAAAACUGCUCGAAGAAGACAUUUUUUGA